GUGUGACUCUGCAGUCUGCAAACAGAAACAGUUACAGACUUACAGUUACAGUUUUGUUAAUGGCGACCACGAAGAUCACACUUCUCCCUCUCUAUGAGAAAAUAUGGGAGAAGCACAAAUUCUCAAGAUUCAUGGAUUCCAUCACUCUUCUCCUCCUUCUGAUGCUUCUUUCUUACCGUCUCUGUUCCCUUUACAACUUCUUCACUCUCCCUUCCUUCCUCGCUCUCCUCUGCGAGUCAUGGUUCACCUUCACUUUCCUCACCACCAUUUCGACCAAAUGGACUCCUUCACACACAAGAACCUACCUUAACCGCCUCUUCCUUCGGGUUCCUCAUCUUCCACCUGUCGACCUGUUUGUUACAACGGCAGAUCCAGUUCUUGAACCACCAAUCAUAACGGUCAACACUGUUCUCUCACUGUUGGCGCUUGAUUACCCUUCCAACAAGCUUUCUUGCUAUGUCUCCGAUGACGGUUGCUCCCCUCAUACCUUCUAUGCUCUUGUGGAGGCUUCAAAGUUUGCAAAGCUUUGGGUUCCUUUCUGCAAGAAGUUCAAUGUGCAAGUUAGAGCACCGUUUAGAUACUUCUCAGGUGAUUCUAAAGCCUAUAACAGCGACAUCCCUGGAUUUAAACAACAAAGGUUGAAAAUGAAGGAGGAGUAUGAGCUACUUUGCCAGAAGAUUCAAAAUGCAGAUAAAAAAUCUAUUCCAUGUGAGCUUGUUGACGAAUUUGCAGACUUCUCAGAAACUCAGCAGAGAAAUCAUCCCACCAUAGUUAAGGUGAUAUGGGAGAACAAAGAAGGGGUCUCAAAUGGGGUGCCCCACUUGAUCUACAUAUCCAGAGAGAAGAGACCAGAACAUCCACAUCAUUACAAAGCUGGUGCUAUGAAUGUGUUGACUAGAGUCUCUGGAUUGUUGACAAAUGCUCCGUUUAUGCUGAAUGUGGAUUGUGACAUGUAUGUGAACAAUCCUGAGGUUGUUCUACACGCACUCUGCAUUUUGUUGGACUCAAACGGUGAAAAAGAAGUUGCAUUCGUUCAAUGUCCACAGCGAUUCUAUGAUGCAGUAAAGGAUGACGCUUUUGGAAAUCAGCAAGUGGCUUUGCCUUUGUAUAUAGGAAGUGGAUUUGCAGGACUACAAGGGAUCAUAUAUGCAGGAACAAAUUGUUUCCACAGGAGAAAAGUUAUUUACGGCAAAUCUCCCGAUCUUGACAUUCAAAAUGGGAACAAGGAUCAUGUUUUCAUCAAUGGAAUAUUAUCAGAAAAGGAAAAAACAAAAACAUUUGGCAAUUCAAAGGGGUUCGUCAAAUCAGCUGCUAGUGCUUUGGAGCAAAAGACAUUCGUUUCCAAUGAUAAUUCCAUACACCUUGAUCAUGAGGAAGUGAACAAGGUUUCUAGUUGUGAAUAUGAAUACAACACCGCCUGGGGUAAACAGGUGGGGUGGAUAUAUGGGUCAACAUCAGAGGAUGUGUUGACUGGGCUGAGAUUUCACACAAAAGGUUGGAGAUCUGAAUUUUGCACAACAGAUCCAAUAGCAUUUAGGGGAUGCUCACCUCAAGAUAGUAUAGGCCAGAUGGCCCAACAUAAGAGAUGGUCCUCUGGCUUGCUUGAAAUUUUCCUAAGCAAGCACUGUCCUAUCUUUGGGACCCUUUUUGGUAAGCUACAAUUGAGAGAAUGUUUGGCAUAUAUUUGGAUCACUACUUGGGCCUUAAGAUCUGUCCCUGAAAUCUGCUAUGCUCUUCUACCUGCCUAUUGUAUCAUCACCAAUUCCACCUUCUUGCCAAAUCAGGGAGCAGGUUUAUGGAUACCAGCUACACUGGUAUUGAUCUACAACGUAUCUACAUUGUUAGAGCAAGUGUUAAGCGGGUUGUCAAUUCGGACAUGGUGGAACAACCAGAGGAUGGCAAGAAUAACAACCAUGAAUUCCUGCUCUUUUGGAUUCUUGGCUAUAAUACUCAAGCAACUGAGAAUAUCAGACACAGUCUUCGAAAUAACAAAGAAAGAGGAACCUUCUUCUAGUGACGAUGGGAAUUCUGGAAGGUUCACCUUCAACGAGUCUCCCAUCUUUCUACCAGGGAUAACUAUUUUGCUUGUUCAACUCACUGCUUUGGUUAUCAACUUCUCAAUCAGAAGAGGGAGCAACACACAUUAUGGUUUUGGUGAAGUGUUUUGCAGUGCCUAUGUGGUUCUAUGUUACUUGCCAUUCUUGAAAGGCUUGUUUGGGAGAGGAAAAUAUGGGAUUCCAUUAUCCACAAUAUGCAAGUCAACUCUGCUGGCUUUUCUGUUUGUGCAAUUAUGUAGGAGCCAAAGCAGUUAAAUUUUUCAACCAUUACAAUUUUGAAUAAGUCAAUUAUUUCUAAUAAUUUCGAGUAAAUCCUAUAAUUUUUGGAUUUAAAUCUUGCUAUUAUUUUAUAUU